UUCCUCUUCAUUACUUGUUGAUUAAUAGCUGUUGCAGAAUCCAAGACCUCACGAGCUCUCCAAUAAUUAAACUAAUCACGCAUUAAGUUUCUUUAUUAUUUAUAUACCUACUCUUACUCAUUAACCACUCUUUCUUUCCAAUUCUCCCCAUAUACUUUUGUCACACACCCUUUAGUUUUCUUUCUCUUUCUCUGUCUCUUUACACUAGAAAUUGAGUGAAAAUGGAAGAGAAGUAAAAAACUUACUCGAAUAUCGAUGAGGAAAGGCAAUAUGGAGUUGAAAAUCUUGAUUUUCUUCUUCUGUUGUUGCUGCAUUGGCUCUUGUUCACUUCUUUCUGCUGCUGCUUUGAAAGAUGAAGUGUCGGUUCUUCUAUCGAUAAAAUCUAGUCUUUUAGAUCCUUUAAAGAAGCUUCAUGAUUGGAAAUUGACUAAUGGUACUUCUCAUUGCAACUGGACUGGAGUUCGGUGCAAUUCUCAUGGUGUUGUUGAAAGGCUUGAUCUAUCUAACAUGAAUCUUAGUGGCAGUAUAUCAGAUUCUAUCCAACAACUACAAAGCCUUACUUCUCUCAACUUAUGUUGCAAUGAGUUCUCUUCAUCGCUGACAAAAGCAAUCUCUAAUCUUACUUCACUAAAAAGCAUUGAUGUGAGUCAAAAUUUUUUUACUGGUAACUUUCCAGUUGGUCUUGGAAGAAUUGCAGGUUUGAUUUUGCUAAAUGGUUCAAGCAACAAUUUCUCAGGAUUUAUUCCUGAGGAUAUUGGAAAUGCGAGUUUACUUGAAAUGCUUGAUCUUAGAGGAAGUUUCUUUGAGGGUUCUAUUCCAAAAUCUUUCAAGAAUUUGCAAAAGCUGAAGUUUCUUGGCCUUUCUGGAAACAAUCUCACCGGCAAAAUACCUGCAGAGUUAGGGCAGCUUUCUUCACUAGAAAGGAUAAUAAUUGGGUACAACGAGUUCGAAGGUGGGAUUCCAAAAGAGUUUGGAAACCUUACCAAUCUGAAGUAUCUGGAUUUGGCAGUUGGGAAUCUUGGUGGUGAGAUUCCUGCUGAAUUAGGGAGGAUUAAGGUACUUGAGACAGUUUUCUUGUAUCAGAACAACUUUGAAGGCAAGAUUCCUGAUUCAAUUGGCAAUAUGACUUCUCUGCAACUGCUAGAUCUUUCUGAUAACAUUUUAUCAGGAGAAAUUCCAGCUGAGAUUUCUGAAUUGAAAAAUUUGCAGCUCUUGAAUCUCAUGUGCAACCAUUUAUCAGGUCUAGUACCAGCUGGACUUGGGGGUUUGACUCAAUUACAGAUUCUUGAGCUGUGGAACAAUUCACUAUCAGGUCCAUUGCCCAGUGAUCUCGGUAAGAAUUCUGCAUUACAGUGGCUGGAUAUAUCGUCUAAUUCAUUUUCCGGUGAGAUUCCAGCCGGCUUGUGCAAUGGUGGCAAUCUCACCAAGCUUAUUCUGUUCAACAAUGCAUUCUCAGGUCAAAUUCCUUUAACCUUGUCGACUUGUUUUUCCCUUGUUCGUGUUCGUAUGCAGAAUAAUUUUAUUUCCGGGACAAUUCCAAUAGGGCUAGGAAAACUUGCAAAGCUUCAAAGAUUAGAGUUGGCAAAUAAUAGUCUUAUUGGUCAAAUCCCAAAUGAUCUUGCUUAUUCUUUAUCACUUACUUUUAUUGAUCUCUCUAGAAACCAACUUAAAUCUUCUCUUCCUUCCACAAUUCUUUCAAUUCCAAAUCUGCAAACAUUUAUGGCCUCAAGUAAUAACUUAGAAGGUGGAAUACCAGACCAGUUUCAGGAUUGUCCUUCACUUUCUGUUCUUGAUCUCUUCUCAAACCAUUUCUCUGGAACUAUUCCAGCUAGCAUUGCUUCCUGUCAGAAAUUAGUAAAACUGGAUCUAAAGAACAAUAAUUUGAGUGGGGAAAUCCCAAAAGCAAUUGCAAUGAUGUCUGCAUUGGCAAUUCUUGAUCUGUCAAACAAUUCCUUAACUGGAGGAAUACCAGAAAAUUUUGGUACCUCACCUGCAUUAGAAGUGCUAAAUGUUUCAUAUAACAGACUAGAAGGUCCUCUACCUGCAAAUGGUGUUCUAAGAACAAUCAAUACAGAUGAUCUUAUAGGCAAUGCAGGUCUCUGUGGCGGUGUCCUGCCUCCCUGCAACCAGAAUUCAAUAAUUGAAUCACAGCAGAAAGGGGUGCGCAUAAAGCACAUUAUUGCAGCGUGGUUAAUAGGAAUUUUAUCACUUUUAGCAGUUGUAAUCGGGUUAAUUAGCGCUCGAUCUCUCUAUAAAAGAUGGUAUUUGAACGGAAGUUGCUUUAAAGAAAGUUUUGAAGGGGGUAAAGGAGAUUGGCCUUGGAGAUUGAUGCAAUUCCAGAGGCUUGGUUUCACUAGUUCAGACAUUCUAGCUUGUGUGAAGGAAUCAAAUGUGAUUGGCAUGGGAGCAACUGGGACAGUUUACAAGGCUGAAAUGACACGGUUAAACACAGUUGUAGCAGUAAAAAAGAUAUGGAGAUCAGGAACAGACAUUGAAACGGGAAGCAGCAAUGACUUUGUUGGAGAAGUCAAUCUCCUAGGGAAGCUAAGGCAUCGAAACAUUGUUCGGUUGUUAGGCUUUCUGCAUAAUAAUAUUGACAUGAUGAUAAUAUAUGAGUAUAUGCACAAUGGCAGCCUUGGAGAAGCAUUACAUGGUAAACAAGCAGGGAGAUUGCUGGUAGACUGGGUUUCGCGAUAUAAUAUAGCAGUUGGAGUGGCACAAGGACUUGCUUAUCUGCAUCAUGAUUGUCACCCUUCGGUUAUUCACCGUGACAUCAAGCCGAAUAACAUACUGCUUGAUGCAAAUCUUGAGGCAAGAAUUGCUGAUUUUGGAUUGGCAAGGAUGAUGAUCAGAAAGAAUGAGACAGUUUCAAUGGUAGCUGGAUCAUAUGGAUAUAUUGCCCCAGAAUAUGGAUACACCUUGAAGGUGGAUGAGAAGAUUGACAUUUAUAGCUAUGGAGUAGUUCUACUAGAACUCCUAACCGGAAAGCGACCACUAGAUCCAGAGUUUGGAGAAUCCAUCGACAUUGUUGAAUGGAUUCGAAGAAUGAUUAGGGAUAACAAACCUUUAGAAGAAUCACUAGACGACAGUGUAGGUAAUUGCAAGCAUGUGCAAGAAGAGAUGCUACUAGUCCUUAGAAUAGCACUUCUUUGCACAGCUAAGCUCCCCAAGGACAGACCAUCCAUGAGGGAUGUGAUAACAAUGCUAUGCGAGGCAAAGCCACGCAGAAAAUGCGGCAGCAAUAGCAGUGGAUAUGACAGUAACAUAGAGAAGCCAGUCUUUAGCACUUCACCUGUAAAUGGCCUUAUAUAGGGACAAAAAAUAAAGUUCCCUCCGGCAUUAAUUUGUUUAAUUCUUGUUUUGUAUGUAGUCUUUUGUUAAUAAGUAUAACCAUUCACUGCCAUCCCAGUAUAUGAUAUUUCAUUCUCCAAGCAAAUAAAAUACUCAUUUUUGAA